AUGUCAAGUACACAUAUAACACCUAGUGAACUUAUUAAAACUGAUAUAAUAGUUUCAGAACUUUACUAUGGUCUAUAUUUACGAGAUUAUCUUUUACAAUUCAGAUAUAUUUGUGAAGGAAGUAGGCAGAGUAGUGGUAUUGUUACAAGUGCUUCUACAGCAAUAACUUCUGUUUAUCAGUCUAUUUUCAGUACUAAAACUAAGUUUUUGGAGCUCGCAUAUUUGGGUCUAGAUCAAAAUAAAACAGUACAAAAAUUAUUAAAAAAUGUUACUUUUCGCUUCUUUAUUAUUAAGCUAGAAAAUAUAUCAAUUUUUGUAAGUUCACUUGUUGUUAAUGAAUAUAGAGAUACCUCACCAAAUACUGUUUGGCAACAAACUGGAGUAUUAAAAUCUAUUUGUGGCAAAACUUUAUUUGCUAUAAAUCAUCCCACAACUUUAUAUAAUUUAGAACAAAUAUAUAAAACCCAAUUUCAUUAUCAAAUAUCUAUACCUAAUAAUUGUACAGUUGAAUUCUGGACAAAUGUACCUAAUCCCGAAAAAGAUCAUAAUACUCUUAAAAGUCUAUACGAGGAUGGGUUUUUAAAUAUAUUAUCACCAACUUCAUCAGAUAAAAUUGCACAUGCAAUUAAAAGAUAUGUUAAAAUUGGGUAUAACCUUACCGAAGGAGCAAAUAUUGAAAUAGCACUUCAAAAUUUGAGCGGAACCUCUGUAGCACAUAUAGAGCCAAAUUGUAAUUUAACAACAGAAACAUUAGUAUUAGCAGACCAAAACAACAUAAACCCAAAUUCAGAAUUAUUAAGACCAUCUCCAACAUUUUCUGAGCCAUCUAUACCAAAAACUAUAUGGACAACACCAACUUCUAAAAAAUCAGAACUAUUAACAAAUGAGACAGAUGAAGAAAUAGGAUGGGCCCUAAAAGAAAUUAUAAAACUUGGUAAUAAGGGUAUAGGAAAACAUAUGACAAAAAAAGUGUUACAAUACUUGCAAAGUUUUUUUUUAGCUGAUAAUUUAAAAGCUGCAGAUCGUUACUCUCCCGAAGACAUGCAUGCUGAUUUUGAAGACUUGGCUAAAAAUGGAGAACUUACGUUUGAGAAAAUACUAUCAGUAAAAACUAUUAAAG